CUUUCAAGAUGGUGUCCCCGAGUGGAAGUGCGGACGAUCUGGACCAAUUGCUACUGAGCACAGAAAAAUUGGACAGAGCCUCACCUGAUUUAUGGCCGGAGAAAAUUCCUGGUGUAUCUGAAUUUGCAGCUUUAAAAAGUCCAAACCAAGGCGAGAACCCUACCCCCAAAUGGAUGACUGAGUUGGAGAAGGAGGACAUAGAUCUGCUACAAGAGUUUGGCAGCUUAACCACAUCACAGUUAGUAGAGAAAAUGAAGGGUUUACAGAACUUGGCCUACCAGCUGGGAUUGGAGGAAGCUCGUGAGAUGACCAGAGGCAAAUUUUUAAAUAUUCUACAGAAAUCAGAGAAAAGGUGAUGAUGUGAAGUGAUGCAGUCCUAGACCAUCUAAUUUACCAAACUGAGGACGGAUUCUGGGCAUCAAGGAGGUCUGGAUGAAUUCCAAACAGACUGGCGUGAACUGAAUUAACGAGUUAGCAAAAAAAGGAGAAUGAAUUGUAUGUGGUUGUAAAUGCGUUUUAUUGCUAAAAAGGGUUUGGUCUCUUCCUGAUAAACUCUGUUAUUGUGGAUUGACCAUCACAGUAACAGAGUUCUUUCUCAAGUUUGUACUCAUGCUACCUACCACCUUAAGCCCAACAUUUAAAAAGGCCAAAAUUUGUUUGAGAAACUGAACAUUUGUUGCUUGUGUGAAAAUGUCAGGUUUUACAGCCCCUACUGGCAGGAUCAUGAAGAUGAUGCAGGUUAAUCCUGCUUAACUGGUAAAUAGGAAUCCCUAAUAAACUUGGAAUUGUUAACUUUACACUGUAAAUUUGUAAAUUACACUGUAAAGUUGUUGAGAAGUUGAUGAAUAAAUAAAUGAUAAAUUCUUGUUAUGAGCUUUGUAAAGUAUGAAAGAACAUGCAAAGGGCAAACUGUUCUUUGUAGCAUCACAAGUUGUCAUAAAUCAAACCAGGGGUUUUGAUGAGACAAUGAUAUCUUAAAUUCACAUCAUAUGUGUCUUUGUGGAGUAUCUUGACAUGUCAAAUUUCAGCAAAUCAUACAUGAAUAAAAUCCUA